AUGGAUUCCAGAUCGAGAGCUAGCACCGCCACUGCCAGUGGCAACUCCUCCAAGGGAGCUUCGCUUGAGGCUCGCCGCAACAUAGGAAAUGCACGCCGUGGAGCUGGCAAAGACGUUCCGAAGUUCGAUGGAACAUCUAUUGCCAUCUCUGAGCUUCAAAGUUCAAUCUCAAGGCUAUCAAACAGCUUGUUCAAUAGCGGUUUGUACUCAGACCUGACUGUCAUAUGUGGGGAUGAUAAGUACCUCGUCCAUAAAGCUGUCAUCUGUCCACGAUCUACCUUCUUCGAAGGGGCCUGUCGUCAUAAUUUCAAGGAGGCGAUCACUGGUGAAAUCAACCUUCCUGCCGAUGAUCCCACUGCCGUCAAGAUUAUGAUGAAUCAUUUCUACAACCUCAACUACUCAGACGGCUCUGCGACCACUUCAGAGACUGACCCGGCUCUCCCAGGAGACAAAACUUCCAAGUUUUCUCUUCUUGUCCAUGCCAAGGUCUACUCUCUGGCCGAGAAGUACGGCAUUGCCAGCCUCAAGAAAUUGGCCGUGGAUAAGUUUGAGCGGCAGGCAAGGAAAGAACUCGACGGCGAGGACUUCUUGGAAGCAGCGGUAGAAGCGUACACCGGUACUGUUCAGGCCGAUCGUGAGUUGAGGGAUGAGGUGGUCAGAACCAUCACUCUCCAUAUGGACGUUCUGAAGCAGGAGUCAUUUCGAGAGGCCACAAGCGGUCUAGACAUUGGAGUUGACGUCCUCGUGUAUCUGAAAGAACAGGGGAGGAUUCGCUCAAGCGAUUGGGCGAAUCGUUGGUAA